AUGAGUCAAUCAGCAGCACUAAAGAAAAAGGGUUCGAAUCCGAACAAAGCUCAAAGCCCAUUGAAGAAUCUGAACUUUGAUAUGCAAUAUCGAUCAAGUACUGAAUUGGCUAACCAGUUCAAGAUUAAGAGAGAACAACUUGCUAACGAACGCAAUGAUAAAGCUAAGAAAGAGCAUGUACCAAUAGCGCAUAAAAGAAAGAAUUCUGAGGAUUUAAUUCUACAAACUAAGAAGAGAUUAUUUCAAUCUGGAGAGUCCAUUCAAGAGAAAAGAAUUAAACUUCCUAUGCAAAACUUUAGGUUCCAAAUGUCUUCAAAGCAAGGUGUUACUGAUUCAGUUUAUGUGACUGGGGAAACAUUUGGUAAUUCAGAGGUAAAGAGGAAGUCGAUCAUAGGCGAUGAAACAAAAACAGAUAACCAUACAGUAGCUGAUGAUCUUGUGGAUCAAGAAGAAAUCAAUAGGGAUGAGUGUGCUAUAGAAGAGGAAAUUGGCAUUGAUUGUAGUACGAAAGAAAUAUUGGAGGCGAAAAAAGUCCGAGGAAAAACAACAUGUAAGGAUAUUCACGCAAGAAAUUUGGAAGAAAGAAAGGAGGUGACAUUUGGUAAAGGGCAAGCAGUGGGACCAACUGGUAAGAUAGUGUCCGAAUUCACCAACUUUAUAGGAACAAUUUCAAGGAAUCCGAGGUUCAUCAACUUGAUGUACACUAGUUGGCAUGCGGUGCCAGAAGAUACUAAAAAGCGCAUGUGGGAAUAUAUCAAUUCCAAAUUCAUAAUUCCAAUAGAAGGAAAAGCGUGGGUGAUGACUGGCUUUCGUGAUGCUUGGAAGCGAUACAAGCAAAAAAUUAAAGAGAGAUUUUUUGAUAAAAAUAGUACCAUUGAGGACAUGCUAGCAAAACGUCCCAGUGACAUUGCAGAAGAUGAAUUCCGUCAAUUGAUCGAGUAUUGGAAAGACCCAACUGUUCAAGCCAUGUGUGAGAUGAAUUCUCAAAACAGGAAAAAGCAAAAAUGGAGGCAUCGAAUGGGACCUAUUAGUUUUGCAAGAGUACGCGUGGCAUUGCGUGCAACCAAAGAAAACAAUGAGGAACCAUCAAAGUCUGAAAUGUUUAUUGCAACUCGUACAAAAACGGGAAAGGAACUUCAGGCCGAUACUCAAAUUGCAAUAGCUGAACUUCAGAAUCGCCAAAAUUCCGGGGAAACUACAGAUGAUGCUUUUACGGCAGUGUUUGGCAAGGAGCAGCCGGGUCGACUUAGGUGCUAUGGUAGAUCAGUGACACCAAGUUCAUUGAAGAAUGAUGAGGAAGAUAGCAAGCUAAAACAAAAACAUGCUAAUGAAAUCACUUCUCUGAAAGAAGAAAUGAAUGAAAUGAGAGAGGAAAUAAGAGAAGAAAUGAGAGAAGAAAUGCGAAAUUUUUUUAGUCAAUUGCUUCAAAACAACCCUGGAUUGAAUGUUCGAGGUAUGCAAGGGGGUGUUGUAUCUAACAUUGCUUCACCUAUUGAUGCGGGUAGUGCACAAGCUGUAAAAGGCCAAAAUCCACUACAAUCUUCCCGGUCAACUCAUGAUCCGAUUCUUCAAAAGUUAUUGUUAGUGGCUUUGCUUUGA